AUGAGUAUGCCUCGUAUAUCAGUAAUGACCUUCAACAUGUGGAAACUAGGAAAUUAUCCUGCUAAUUGGCCACAACGUCAACAACCUAUUUUUGAAUGUUUAACCACGUUUACACCUGAUAUACUUUGUGUACAAGAAUUGCAUCCAUUGUUUCAUGAUGUCAUUAUCAAAGCUUUGCCAUCUCAUGAAUAUGUUAAAGAUGACUUUGGUGGUUGGCAAUAUGAAAGUAAUAUCUAUUGGAAUUCUAAUGUAUUUAACAUGGUAGAAUUCGGUUUCAGUGAUAUCGGUAUGAUGGAAUCUUUGAGUCGCCUUUUUUGGGUACUUUUAGAAAUAAAAACAUCUGAAGAAACUAGGGAAGAAAAUAAACAAUUGAAUACAACUAGCACCCGAAAGAUUCUUGUGGCAACCGCUCAUUUCACAUGGGAAGGCCAUACAGAAGAACUUAAAACGAAUGUUAAUCUACGCAAACAACAAGCACAGCGUACUACAACAAUUUUACAUGAUUUACAAUUGAAAUUUAAUGAUCCUGAUUUAGUUGUAUUAUUCAUGGGAGAUUUAAAUGAAAGUUUUCAUCCGCGACGCAUUUUAUACGAAGCUGGCUUUAUGGAUUGUUUUAGUACUUUAAGAUUACCUUUACUUUCAACUUAUCCGCAACGUCCUAGUUUACCGAGUGAAGAUAUUCUUAGUGACUCUACAUUAGAUUGGAUAAUGCACAACAAUUAUGCACGUCCGAUUUUAGCCAAUGUACUUAGAAAUUUACUUUGUACAGGAGGAUAUUCAGUGUCUGAUCAUUGUCCAGUGAUGUGUAUCUAUGAGAUUGGAUGUGGUCCAUAUACAUUUAAUGGAGUAACAAAGUUUAGUGACGCAUAUAUCGUCUAA